AUGUCAGCUGGUUCGGCAAGAGCUAUCGUCGUUCAUUGUUAUCACUUUCGCUGGCUGAUCACUAUGUUAACCACACUGCCACCAGAGGUGCUGUCUAAGGUGUUUGAGAAGUUGUCCAAGUACGAGUUGAAAUCGCUUUGCCAUGUAUCAACGGUCGUGAAUGCGGUUGCGGUCGAGGUACUCUGGCGAUCCAUCACGAUCCCGUUGUCAACCAAGUUCAGCUUAGAUCAUGUCGUCGCCACGCCCUUGACGCAGUCACCUCUUCGUCAUACCUCGCAUCUUCAUUUUAUUUCCGAUUUUCAGCGCGUUGCUAGCUAUCAUUGUCAUGGUCAUAGUAAACGUGACGAUGAGAAUGGAUUUGAGAGUGAAUGCGACACCGACGGAGGUCAUAGACACUUCGAGAGCCUCACUCAAACGGCGAAGUCACUCGUGAGCCUGUUCGAGUAUGGCCAACUGCGCAGCUUCAGUUGGGAUCUAGGAACAUGUAUACCAAGUGAAAUCCUUGGGCAACAGGGUGUCCUUUCUAAGCAACAACCGUUGAUUCGAUCAUUAAGAUUGACAACCGACGGCACCUGUCCUCGAUAUCGAUACUUCAACGACAAUGAACGCGAGAGGGGUGUAUUAGCUUUCCACUACCUGGAUAGUCUUUGCUGGCGAUCCCCCCACGCCGACGACCUCGAGGCCCUUGCCGGUGCCAUCCGAAACAACGCGAAACAUUUAUACGAGCUAGAAUUGGAUUUCGUGAACUGGCAGACUCUUCGAGGAGACUUAGGCUACGAGAGUGAUGACGAGGGUGAGGGGCUCGGUUUUUUUGUGGGCAGCAUGCUACAACUGGGCGAGCCCGUGCCCGGCCCCGUGUUCGUAUCUCUCCGAGACCUUUCACUCUGCCAAGUGCCCCUUAGUGCUGUAAUGGCCCGUACAAUCAAGUUUGACACACUCCGGUCCCUCACACUUCGGAAGUGCCCCGACUGGCAUAGGUUCAUCGAACGAGUUGUGCGACUGGGGCAUCCGAUACGACUCAAAGCUUUAGAGAUCCAGGACUGCGAGUGCGUCUCAGGCACCAUGGGCGAAUACGCUCUUGAGGUUUUUCUUGAGGCCUUCAAGGGUCUUGAAGAACUCUUCUUGGAUAUUCCCAGACCUACCUCAACUCUUGAGCUCUGGAACUGCGUUGCUAUUCAUCAAGCCACUCUCAAAAGAUUUGUGCAGCAUCAUACGGUAGUUGGCCGCGCUGGCGAGCUCGCUUCCUUUGAAGGAGCUGGCUUGCUAGAUCGAGGAUUGCACUGGCACGAUCUUUCCAACAACAAGGAAAAGCCUUGGAACAAUCCGCUGAUGGGACUUGACCUUGAAUUCAUAGGCGUGAACUAUAUUACGGAGCCACUGGGACCUAUUCUUCUGCCAUUCGCGCAUAGACCUUCACUAAAGAUCAUUCACAUCCGUCAGUCAGGCUGCGAUCUCCAGCAGUAUCCUUGUUGGGCUAUAGACGAGGGUGUACUGACCUCGGUCGUUACGGGUAUCUCUGACGCCGACACCAGCAGUGCCAUCUCAACCAGCAUUUGGAAAUCCAGUCACUUAGACAACGUCGAUAUCGCUGUCUCGAAAGCCGAGGUUGCCAGAGCUGGAGUGGCUACGAACCAUGCAUUACGAGAUCAAUUUUACCGAUUCGCGGAGUGGGCAUUUGGCCCGCAGGGACUGGUCACGCUGGAAGCGAUUGCUUACGGAGGCUUUGCCCAGGGUGGCCGGGUUGGUAGGCACAGCUUUUUUCUGUGUAGGACUAUGGGUGAUGAGAGCGGUUUUCGCCUGUUGAACCAGGACGGCCCCGGAUGGAAAGCACUGAUGGACAGAUACUGUAAUGCGCUACAGGCCUGUCCAGACGAGCCUCCUCUUGUAAAUACUUGA